CAGGGAAGUAACUCCUGAACUCAACUCAAUGUAACAUUUUUUGUUUGGCUGUUUACGGAGAACGUUCGUAAUUGGUACUGGUGUACAUGUGAUUUUUCUCUUAAGAGUAUACAUUAUCAGUUGUAAAAUGUCUAUUUCAUCGGAUGUAUUAGAAUUAGAUGGUGGUGAAGAAUUCCAAGUUGACGAGGAAGGAGAUCAAAGUGUACAGAAACUUAAGGAGAAGGUUAAAAAACGAAAGGGCAGAGGAUUUGGUGGAGAUGGAACUGCCAGAGAAGAUCUUCAAGAUUAUGAAGCCAUGGAUCAUGAUGGUACUGAUGAGCCUGGUCCUCAGCGCUCCAUUGAAGGGUGGAUUUUAUUUAUCACAGGAGUUAAUGAAGAGGCACAGGAAGAUGAUAUUUAUGAAAAAUUUUCUGAGCAUGGUGAUAUAAAAAACCUUCAUUUGAAUCUUGAUCGACGGACUGGAUUUUUAAAAGGUUAUGCACUUGUAGAAUAUGAAACCUUCAGUGAAGCUCAGUCAGCAUUAGAAAAUUUGAAUGGAAGCACAUUACUUGGACAACAAAUCAGUGUUGAUUGGGCAUUUGUGAAAGGCCCUACUAAAAAGAAACGUGGACAUCGUAGAAGAUCUCCUGAUCGAAGGCGGCGCUGAUUACACAUUUUAAUUGCAUUCAUUGUGUUUUUUUUUUUUUUUUUCAUUUCCAUUAAUGUACAGUUUCUAUGUUUGAAAUAAACUUUUUUGAUUUCGAAAGUGGUAUGAA